AUGGAGGCAUAUCAACAUCAAUAUGAUUUUCCAGUUGAAGAGGCUGUUAGUAAAUGGCACGCAUUAACAAAAGACGAUGGUCUUCUUCUUGAACAAGAAUUUAAAGCUCUUCGUCGGAUGGAUACCAAUCGAAUAACGAUUGCCACGAAUCCAAUCAAUAAAUCUAAGAAUCGUUAUGCAUCCGUUUAUCCAUAUGACGAAGGUUUUUGUCGUGUACGGUUAAAAACCGAUUCGGAAGAGGCGUCAGAUCAAUCGUCGGAUUACAUAAAUGCAUCAAUCGUUCGUUGUAUUCGUCCGGAACAUAUUUCUAAAACGACUACCUCACGAAUAUUUUUCGCAGCUCAAGGACCAACCGAACAUACACUUGAUGAUUUCAUUCGAAUGAUUUUCGAACACGAAAUUUCCGUCAUUGUCAUGUUUUCAUAUACAUACGAUCCCAUAACAUGUACUUAUGCAGAAGAACAUGCAGCUUACUUUUCGGACAAAGUCAAUUCUGUUAUCGAAACCGAACACUUUCGAAUUCGAACAACACUAAUCAUCCCUGCUUAUCGUUAUAUCGGCCGACGAUUACGGAUUAAAUCCAAACUAACGAAGAAAGUUCACGAAUGUGAACAAUUUCACUAUCCGCAUUUUAUUGAUAAAGGUACUCCACCAGAUUGCCAUUCCAUGAUUGGUCUAGUAAUGAGAUUACGUGAACAAAAUAACCGGCAACAAUCGAUGCUCGUUCAUUGCAGCGCAGGAAUCGGCCGAACAGGUGUUUUUAUAGCAUUGUAUUACUUGAUAAGUGAUUUUGAAAAGCAUCAAAUGCUAAAUGUAAAACAAUUAGUUGACACAAUACGUUUUUAUCGACCACAUCUCGUUCAAACAGUCGCACAAUAUGAAUAUAUCUAUCGAUGUUUAGCGGAAGUUGCUAUACAUCCAUGCGAUGGUCGACCCGUAGAUGAAUUUAUUGAACAUGUUAAAAAGUCAUUUUCACAAGGACAGUUAAGAAACGAUGAUAUUCAUUCUGAUUAUACGAACAGAAACAAUUCCAUUCAUCCAGCUGCAUAUUUUACAAUAACCACUGCUCGACAAUAUCCGAGUUACAAUCAAGAUGAACGUUUUCUUCCUUAUGAUCAAAACCGUGUGAUACUACAUUCACCUAGUGAAUCAAUGUAUCUUAAUGCAUCUACCCUGCCAAAUGUGAUCACAACAAGAGGGACGAUUUUAACCCAGGAGCCAACGGAAUCAACCCUACAGCCAUUUUUUGCUAUGUUACUACAAGAACAUAAAAAGAUGGUAGUCGUUGCUGAACAAAUGCAACCAUCGAACUACACUGCAUCAGCAUUCGUUGGUUCAGAGGAAAUUCAAGUAAAUAUCUCACAAACAAAGCCAUCGAAGCAUGAACUUAGUAAUUAUCAUCGUUUAUAUAGAAUCCAAGUUAACCAAGGUCUCGUACGACAAUCAGAGAUAUUAAUUUUUGAAUUCACUGGUGGAUGGACAGACGAUGGAAAAUGUACACCGAAGAAUCUGGAACAAUUUGUUCGAUUUGUCGAUCGAUCAAUUUGCUAUCAAAAGAAAAUCAAUCCAAAUCGACUGGGUCUUGUUGUUCAUGAUCGUGUCGGUGGUACUAAAGCAGCAUUCUAUUGCAUCGUACAGAAUAUUCUCGAUCGUUUGCUAAUUGAUGGUCGUGUAGCUAUCGAAAAUUUCGUUACACACAUUUGUCAACAACGAAUGAAUGCAUUGGUCUCACUUGAACAAUACAUUGCCCUGCACGAAAUUGUCUGUAUUUGGAACACUUUGAAAAAGCGAGGUGCUCUCACAUGUAUUCCGAAUAGCGAACAAGUUUAA